UUUUGCACAGUAAUUUUUAAGAGAAAUCCGGAUAACGUUGCAUUACGCGUCGCGUCCCAAAGCAUGCACAACAUUCGGUCGGAGCUGAGCUUCCUCGACCGCAACCUCACGUACGCAAAGGAACGCGGCUUCGUCUAUCCAAAUGCAGGGCGCGUCACCAUUUUACAAGACAUCGCGGACGUCGGUGGAACGGUGUGGGAUGCCAGCAUUGUCUUGAGCCACUACUUGGACAGCUUGGGCACCACUGUAUUGCAGGGAAAGUCGCUCGUCGAGCUUGGUGCAGGGACAGCCGUGCCAAGCAUUGUGGCAUCGCGUCUCGGCGCCCGUGCUGUAGCCACCGACAUGAAACAGGUGCUACUCUACACUGAAAUGGCCAUUCGCGGCAAUUGCGAUCAACUCCACCGGAAUGGGAGGAUUCGAUGGCAAGAAUUGAUAUGGGGUGCCUCUGGUGUCGGUCUGGAAGCGUUAAAGUCGACUGCAUAUGACUACAUUGUUGGGGCAGACAUCGUGUACAACGUCGAAUUCUUCGAAGAUCUGAUCGAAACAUUGCUGGCACUCUGUCCGAUGGCGCUGGACCACGUCGAGCACCCGCAUCCGACAACAAUACUGCUCUGCUUUGAACAACGAAGAAGAAACCUCACGCCUCUUUGGGCUGCGAUGGAAAUGCAUUUUCACGUCGACAUGGUAACCAGCCCCAUGCUCGACGCAUGCAGACACGAGGCCAACGUGUUUUUGUAUCAAUUACGACGAAAACGUUAACAACAUUGUGCAAGUGCCCCGACACAACGUCCUUCGAACGGCACGUUAAUAUCGACCAGAGACAUCGACAUGCCUUCAGACCGACCUCGAGUCACAUUCCAUGACGUCUGGUGAAGUUUGGAAUCAAGGGACAGCCGACGAUGUUUCUCAUGCCUGCUACCGCCGCUGAAUGACCGUAAGCCGAGCUCCUUGGUAGAGAGGGGUGCGCCAGACUCGUCCCAAAGGUGUGUGCCGAGAGUUAGAUGGCGCCUCCGCGUGAACCUGGCGCUGCUUUUAGUUUGGUUCGAAAAUGCCCAAUAAUAAUGUUAGACAGAAAUUUUUCCA